UAAAAUAUAACUUUAAAAAAAAUUGUAUAUAUAAAUAUAUAUAUAAAAAAAUAUAUAAAUAAAAUAAAUGCGACUCGAUAACACGUUUCAGCGCCGCCUCGAUAGUGUUAAAAAGUUUAAAACAGUGUCAAGAGUGUAGCAAUUUUUUAUUAAAUAAAUAAAAUUGCGAGUUUUGUGUGAUAAUUGUGUGAAAAUAAAAAUAGUUUGAACAAGAACAAAUAGUGAAAGUGGCAGUGUGGCACGGUAAGUAUUAUAUUAUUGGAAUUAACACACAUAUAUAUAUCAUCCAUUUCUUCGAUAUGAGCUUUCUUAACCUGAGAGAGUGAUCAACUUAAACGGUUAAUAUCUCGUUUCGCGCGGCAGAGCGACAAUUUUUUGUGCUAAAUUUUUUUAAUUUCACGCAAAAACGCGUCGAAUGAGCAUAAUUUAAUAAAAAUUUGAGGUGAAGGGCCUAAACUAAAUAAAUAUCUUGAAAUUAAUGUUUAAUAAUUCUAAAUUAUUAAAAUGACAUUUUAAACAUGAUUCUGAAUGUGAUUCUAAGCCAAAAAUUUAGACUUGUGGACUUUGUAUCUAAUUUGUUCAAUUUUUUUUUUUAUCACUAAUAAUGAGUGUGGCUGCCAGCUUCAGCGUCAUAUAAGGAUAUAUUUAUAUAUAUUUAUAGAUGUCUGACAAUGAGAGUAACGAUGAUGAAAUGAUUUAUCGAUUCAAAAUUGUAAGGUUUAUUAAACGUGGGAAAAAAGGUCCUACGAAAGAAAUUGAUAUUGUUCCUUCAGCCUGGAUUAACUGGGAUAAAAAAAAAAAAAAUUGAAAGUUUCAUUUCUUGGUCCUCCAUAUACAAAAAAAAAUAUUAAUCAACUCCACGAUAUGGUAAAACAAGAAUAUAGAAGAAAUAAAACAUUUGCUUAAUGAAGUUCCUGCGAUUACAAAAAACUCUUGCAACCAGUCAGACCAAUCACCUACUACGGAGACCUAUUGUAUGGAAUCACCUACUACACCUACUAUGCUGCUUGAUACGCAAUUACCUGUCAUAUCUGAAAACGAUUUAAUGGACUAUACAAACGACAAAGAACUGAACCCGCUUAACAUCAAUAUAAAUAUAAUUUGGUCAAAAUUGUUAAUGCUGGAAAGUGAAUCAAGAAAAAUUAAUAAAAAAUUAAAUUUAAUAUCGAUAAAAUUUGAAAGUUUACUACAUGAUACUAAAAUCAUAAAAAAUAAAAUGAUAAGCCAGACCAGUUCCAAAAUGGAUGCAGAUAAUAUGUUCUCAAAAAAAUAUGAGACAAUGCUACCUGCAAAAACAAAUGAAGAAUUUAAGAAUAUUAAUGUUCAAUUAGACAAUGAUAUUGAAUUCCGAUCCAAUUUUUGUGAACAUCUUUAUCGUUAUGUAGACUUUAAUUCAACGUAAACAAAAAAUAUAACA